CAUGAAUGUAUGUACCCAUAGACGUUGCGCUGAGCCUCUGCUUCACAAAUGAAAUCAAUAGAUCCCCAAAAUCUCACUAAUUACAGAACACACCAGCGUGGGAUUGGUGGGGAAUGAGGAGGAUGACACCAACCUCGAUCCUGUAAAUGUCGAUCCUCUUGUCAUCAGCGGCUUUUGCAAAUUUCUCACCAAACCCGCAAAAAGAAUUCUCAAAAAUCCACCAAGCUACCUUCGGAUUUCAUCAUCCUCUCUCAACUCCAUUAAAGUCGUUACCCAGAUGCUGCAAUCUCGAUUCGUGCGCAUCCCUCUCUCUCCUACCACUCUCUCUCCUCCGAAACCCACGACCCUGCUCCCUCUCCUCUCUCUAGCCAGAAAACCCAGGUCGCAAAUGAGUUCCUACGCGACGUCGUCUGAGUCCCCGAAGCUCUUGUUCCGUCAGCUCUUCGAGAAGGAAUCGUCCACUUACACUUACCUCCUCGCCGAUGUCUCCCACCCUGAAAAACCCGCCUUGUUGGUUGACCCUGUAGACAAGACAGUGGAUAGAGAUCUUUCUCUUAUUAAAGAUUUGGGAUUGAAGCUCAUUUAUGCUAUAAACACCCAUGUCCAUGCCGAUCAUGUCACUGGAACUGGCCUGAUUAAGACUAAAUCUCCUGGUGUGAAAUCUAUCAUCUCCAAAGCAAGCAAUGCAAAAGCAGAUCUGUUCGUUGAAGCUGGUGAUAAAAUUUGUUUUGGUGAUCUCUUUCUAGAGGUUCGUGCUACUCCAGGUCAUACCUUAGGAUGUGUUACCUAUGUUACAGGAGAUGGGCCCGAUCAGGCCCGACCAAGGAUGGCUUUCACGGGUGAUGCACUAUUAAUACGCGGAUGUGGGAGGACAGAUUUUCAGGGUGGAAGUUCGGAGCAGCUGUAUAAAUCAGUUCAUUCACAGAUCUUUACACUGCCCAAGGACACAUUGUUGUAUCCUGCUCAUGACUACAAAGGUUUCACUGUUACAACUGUAGAAGAGGAAAUUCUGUAUAAUCCUCGGUUGGCAAAAGAUGAGGAAACAUUCAAGAACAUCAUGAAGAAUUUGAACUUGGCUUAUCCGAGGAUGAUUGACGUAGCUGUCCCUGCAAAUAUGGUUUGUGGGUUGCAAGAUGUGGCUCCUAAAGCCAACUAAUUCUCUGUUUUAGGCCAAAUGGAGGAAAUCAUGUAACAAAUGUUGUUACGAUUGGAAACCAGUAUUAUGUGUCAAAACAGUUUAUGUUGGCGUUUAGGCGUGUGAUGUAUAAAAGUGGCUUCUCUGAUAUGGUUUCAGAAUGAUGCCAUUGGAAUUAUGGGAGGACAUUGCUGCAAAUUUGCACUAUCGUGCAAAAAUGCUCUUGCGAAUAAAACUCUCAUUUGUCUUC